GCAAAAUACUAGGCAGAAUUAAGAUUUCCAGAACUCAGCUUAGUUCAAAGAGAACCUUAGAUACAAAGAUGCACGGGAAAAGUGUGGUCCUCCGCAGCUCCGGAAUUCUGUCUACAGCUGAACUGGCCUGCCAGGUGUCUGAGAAGGAUGAGGCCCGGAAGGAAUCAUUCAAUGCUGAAUGGAAAGACCUGUCCCUCACCUCAAGGCCUGAAGAAGGCUGCUGUCACUCUGAGGUGGACAAUCAGCACAAAGAAACCUACCACCAACAACAGGAGGCUUGGGCCAUAGUUCAGCGAUCACCAUGGGGCAUCCUCCGUCUGGGUCUGCUGGGUGAACCCCUGGUCUCUUACCAUCUGCCUUAUCAGCGAGCUCUGCCUCUGCCCAUCUUCACACCAGCCAAGCUAAGCACCAAGGCUGAACGGGAGCUGACACCAACUCCAUCAGAGUCAGUGGAGUCACUGCCAGUCACAGGUGUCUGCCCUGACAAGAUACCUGUGCUUGAGAUCACCAAAGAGUUGCCCCUUGUUGUCCAGCCCACCUGUCCCGACUUCAAAAAAGCUGGCCUGCCCCGCUCACUGUCCCGUUCUAUGUCUCAGGAAGCCCAGAGGGGCUGAGGCAACUCAACAACUCUCCUAUUUGGAACUGGCUUGGACGUCUUGGGCCACUGCGCCUGUUGCUGCAUGAGAACAAUCUGAAGGGGCCCAGAUAUGUAGAAAAGACUUUGUAGGAUUGAAUCCUGGAUGGCCUCCUUUUUCUGGGAGUGGGGGUGGGGAGGCAAGGAUGUUGGGUGUUUGUGUAUAUAUAAUUAGAUGUAUAAUGUUACAUAUUUCUAUGACCAGUUAUUAUUUUUCUGCAUCUUUCUUUCUUUCUUUCUUUCUUUCUUUCUUUCUUUCUUUCUUUCUU